CCUUCUUUUCGAAAUUCCGUAUUUGCCCUCGUUGUUUUCUUGAAUGACCAGUGUGCCCGCUUCUUUGCCGUAUAUGCCACAAUCAGAGUCCUCUUUUUUCUCUCUUUGGUUUGAACCCUAAAACCUUACUCUCCCUUAAACCCUAAAAUUGAAGAACGUAAAGCUCGUCACUUUAUUGAUCAGAAAUCUCUGGGGCCAUGCCAUCGUUUCACGGUCGGGUUUCUAAGCACAUCUUGUCCGCAAUUUCUAACCCUCUUCGCCAUUCAUCUGAACCCCCCAUUUCAACGAGCUUGUCGAUAAAACUGCGUCGUUUAAGCUCCACAGCUGAUCGCAGCGGUGAAAUGGAGGCACCAGAGCAACAACCUCCAGAGCCCAUACCCAAUAGACCUUUGAGAGGCCAAAGACCAUCCAAUCCCCCGACCUCCCCUCUUCAAUUCCUCAACAAAAACUCACCCAUUUCAGAAAAGAGGAGAGAGAACCCUUCUCCGCCAUUGCAGGACAGCAGUUUUCUUGAAAAGCUCAAGCUUGGUCUUGACAAGUCCAAGAGAGAAAAGCCUCAAGAAGUUGACAAGCCGCCCCAGCCACCUGAAGAAGCAGACGAGAUAUUCAAGAAGAUGAAGGAGACGGGUCUCAUUCCCAAUGCUGUGGCCAUGCUUGAUGGGCUUUGCAAAGAUGGGCUGGUUCAGGACGCCAUGAAGCUUUUUGGGUCGAUGCGGGAAAAGGGUACUAUUCCUGAGGUUGUUAUAUACACUGCUGUGGUUGAUGGGUUUUGCAAAGCCCAGAAGCUUGAAGAUGCUAAGAGGAUUUUCAGGAAGAUGCAGAGCAAUGGGAUUAUUCCCAAUGCUUUUAGUUACACUGUGUUGAUACAGGGGUUGUAUAGGUCUAAUAAGUUGGAGGAUGCUGUUGAAUUUUGUGCUGAAAUGCUGGAAGCCGGUCACUCACCGAAUGUAGCUACUUUUGUGGGGUUGGUUGAUACGAUUUGUAAGGAAAAGGAUUUGGAAGAAGCUGAAAGUGUUAUUGGGAAGUUGAAGCAAAAGGGGUAUUUGGUUAAUGAGAAGGCUGUUAGAGAGUUUUUGGACAAAAAAGCACCAUUUUCGCCCACAGUUUGGGAAGCUAUCUUCGGGAAGAACAAGUCACGGAAUUUUUUUUGAGUUCUCUUGUUCAUUAGAAGCAUAAGAAAUUGUAAGUUUUGCUGUUCUGCUGUUGAUUAUAAAAGAUUGAGUUUCUUUGGCUUUGUUAAGACCUUGUCCCUCGAUUGUAUGAGGAGGGAUAGCAUGAGAAUAACAUCAAUGACACCCUUGGAAAUUCACUUUGUUAAUAACGGUCAUGAUUCCUUGUGCUUUAUAUGGUUGUUGAGGAUUUGUCAGCAUAAGUUUUUUAAUAAAGUUUUAUACAGUU